AUGUCUAACGCUACUGGUAGACAACUUUUCGUUGGCAAUUUGCCCUUUAUAAUCGGCUGGCAAGACCUGAAGGACUUGUUUCGAGAAGCCGGUACCGUAAUCCGUGCCGAUGUUGCCACCGGGCCUGCUGGUCGUUCUCGGGGUUUCGGCACGGUCUUGUUUGCUACGGCUGAGGAAGCACAGGCUGCCAUCAAUCUCUUCAACAACUAUGAUUGGAACGGUCGCAAAAUCGAAGUGCGUGAGGACAGAGCCGUCGCAAGCACAUCAGGGGUCGCCACACCUCCCAUUGCGAUCGGUGCAGCGCCGGUAAUUAAUGGAAAUGGGAAUGUCAACGUUCGUGCGUUGUACGUGGGGAACAUCCCAUACUCUGCAGGCUGGCAGGAUUUGAAGGAUCUAUUCCGUCAAACUGGAAAUGUCGUUCGCGCGGAUGUUCCACAAGACUUUCAGGGCCGGUCUAAGGGAUUCGGUACAGUUGUUAUGAGUACUGUAGAUGAGGCGCGGAAGGCAGUGUCGUUAUUCAACAGUUAUGAAUGGAAUGGCCGGCGCAUCGAAGUUCGGGAGGAUAGGACAUUUGUCGAAGGUGCUGCACCGCGCGUGAACAACAACGCCAAUUUUGCUACACCUGCAUUCAAUGGAGGCUUCUCUCCAGUUUUGAGUGGUGGAAACACUGCCGGACGCCAGUUGUUUGUCGGAAACUUGCCGUUUACAGUUCAAUGGCAAGAGUUGAAGGACCUUUUCCGAGAAGCUGGAAACGUCCAGCGAGCAGAUGUGGCAAUGGACAACCAGGGACGAAGCCGUGGAUACGGUCAAGUUCUGAUGGCUACUGUGGAGGAAGCGCAAAUGGCUAUCAAGGUGCUUAACGGUCGAGAAGUGCAGGGUCGGACCAUUGAAGUUCGAGAAGAUAAAUUUGCCGCGGAUGCGUCCAGUAACAUUCCUGGGACCCAAGUGUUUGUUGGAAAUCUCCCAUACUCAUCCCGAUGGCAAGAUUUGAAAGAUCUCUUCCGUCCCCAUGGGCUAAACCCUGUACACGCGGAUAUCAUGGCGGAACCAGGUACAGGGCGCUCAAAAGGAUGCGGAAUCGUCCGCUUCAACACGCCAGAAGAGGCUGAGCGCGCCGUUCAGGAAGUGAAUGGUACUAAUGUUGGUGGACGGAACGUGAUUGUGCGUUUGGAUAAAUUUGCGUGA